AUAGUAAUAAUUAUACUUUCAAAACGUUCCUCCAUAUACAAAAACAGUAUGUGUGUGAGAAGCUAGAGGAGGUUUAUGGUCUACACUGCUCUGCAAGAGAUGUCCUUAAUCUAGACUCCAGCACCUCUGAGAAGUUUAGUCGCCAUCUUAUCUUCAUGCUUCCCAGUGCUGCAUUCAAAGACAACUCUCAUGUAGGGCGAUUUAUUCAUGAUAUCCUGCAUCCUGCUCUAAAAAGCCUUCAAAAAAGCAAACCAGAGGCACCUACAACAGAAGUCUGUCCAAGAGAGAACAGAGAUGAUGUGGAUGGUUCUCAGGCCAAGAGAAGAAAGUAUGAAGAGAAGGAUCUUGACUUUCUUAUAGUGAAGAGCAAAAAUGGACAAGAACAACUUUUUGUUGACCUGGGAGUCUACACCAAGAACAGAAACUUCCGUCUCUACAAGUCCUCCAAACUGGGAAAGAAUGCAGCAUUUUGUGUGGCAAAAGACAACAAGUUUGUCCCAAAGCCCUCCAAGCACACCACAAAAGAAGAAUACAUAUUUUUAGCUUCCUUAAUCACCAAUAUCAGUUUCACAGGACAGAGGAUUUUGACUUAUGAUAUGCCACAGAAGAGUACAGCAGGAUCUCAGUGUUCGACCCUUCAGAUAGAGUCACACAGCUCUGAUCUGUUGGGUGAACAGAAGCUGUCUCCUUUUAAAGAGGUGGAUGAAUUUGUGCUGACACUUGUGUGCAAGGAUGGCAUUCAAGGAAGCAUCCGGCGAUGGAACUACUUUAUUGUAAUAUUAUGGCAUUUCUAUGUUUUUACAGGCUUCCCUCUGCCUCAAGAGGUCUGCAUGAGCCACCUACUGAUGGAGGAUGAAGAGGAUCAGGCAUAUUUAACGGAUGAACUGGGGAACAUUGAGCUUGCGCACAGCUCUGUACCCAGGACUGAUUCAACAGAGUCCUCCUCGGCUCCUCAGGCUGAGAAGGCUGAGGAUUGGGGAGAGUGGCCUGAUGACCCUGCUUAUCUGGAAGCUCUGCAGGAAGUAGAAAGGGCCACUGAAGAGGUACCCGAUGAGCUUCUGCUCCAGGCAGUGACUGAGUGUGAAUGAUGGCCUUGUAACCUAAAAGUCUAAAAUAUGUUCUUAAAUUCUGUUUCUUAGCAAACUGUAUUUUCUAAAUGUUCAAAGAUGAUUUAUUUCCAUAAAUUAUUUUAGGUUAUAUGACUUGGGAUAUUACAAGUGUGUAAAAUGUAUUAGAUUUUAUAUACAUGGAUA